GACCGUGCGGGCGGAGUCGCGAGCCUGAGGCCAUGGAGCUGCAACUGGCCCGCGUGGAUUAUUUGCAGGUGGGAGUGACAUCUCAGAAGACCAUGAAGCUUCUUCCUGCAUCAAGACGUAGGGCAACACAGAAGGUUGUCAUUGGAGAUCAUGAUGGUGUUGUUACAUGUUUUGGCAUAAAAAAAGGGGAAGCUAUGCCAGUGUUCAAGACACUGCCAGGGCAAAGGAUCACAAGGCUGGAGCUGGGAGGAGCUCUUAAUACACCACAGGAGAAAAUUUUUGUGGCUACAGGAUCAGAGGUUAGAGGUUUCACAAAGAGAGGGAAGCAGUUCCUUUCAUUUGAAACUAACCUCACUGAAAACAUCAAAGCUAUGCAUAUAUCGGGAGCAGAUCUCUUUCUUUGUGCAAGCUAUAUCUAUAACCAUUACUGUGACUGCAAGGACCAGCACUACUACCUGUCAGGAGAUAAAAUCAAUGAUGUCCUCUGUCUUCCAGUAGAGAAACUGUCUUGCAUUAGACCAAUAUUGGCAUGCCAGGAUAGAGUCCUUAGAGUUUUACAGGGGUCUGAUUUGCUAUAUGAAGUGGAAGUUUCUGGACCGCCUACUGUUCUUGCUUUAAACAAUGGAAAUGGUGGUGAUUCUGGAGAAGAACUUCUGUUUGGAACAUCUGAUGGGAAAGUUGGUCUCAUUCAGGUUUCAAGUGCAUCUCCGAUACAUAAGUGGGAAGUCAGAAAUGAGAAGAAGAGAGGAGGUAUCUUAUGUAUUGAUAACUUUGACAUUCUGGGUGAUGGAGUUAAAGAAUUACUUGUUGGCCGAGAUGAUGGUAUGUUAGAAAUCUAUAACUUCGACAGCACAAAUGAGCCUGUCCUUCGAUAUGAUCACGCCUUGUCAGAGAGCAUCACAUCUAUCCAGGGUGGCUGUGUAGGAAAGGAUGGGUAUGAUGAAAUCUUAGCAUCCACAUAUUCAGGAUGGGUGACAGGACUGACUACAGAGCCUGUCCAUAGAGAAGGCGGAUCUGGUGGAGAACUAAAGAUAAGCCAAGAGAUGCAGAACAAGAUUUCAUCCUUAAGGAAUGAGUUGGAACAUUUACAGAUAAAGGUCUUGCAAGAACGUGAAAAAUACCAGCAGUCUUCUCGGUCCAGUACUGCUCUUUCAGCAGUACCUGCAUUUAGUGUGAAUGACAAGUUUACAUUAAAUAAGGAUGAUGCCAGCUACAGUCUUAUCUUAGAGGUGCAGACAGCAAUAGAUAAUGUUUUGGUACAGAGUGAUGUUCCAAUAGACCUACUGGAUGUGGAUAAAAAUUCUGCUGUUGUUAGUUUUAGUGGCUGUGAUUCUGAACCAAACAGCAACUUUCUCCUUGCCACUUACCGAUGUCAAGCAAAUACUACUAGACUGGAGCUUAAGAUUCGAUCAAUUGAAGGCCAGUAUGGGACACUGCAAGCAUAUGUAACACCAAGAAUUCAACCAAAAACCUGCCAACUUUGUCAAUAUCAGAUUAAACCACUUUCACUUCAUCAAAGAACUCACUUUAUUGAUCAUGACAGACCCAUGAACACACUGAUGCUCAAAGGCCACUUCAGUUUUGCUGAAAUUCACUCCUGGGUUGUGUUUUGCUUGCCUGAAGUUCCUGAAAAAACUCCAAUAGGCGAUAGUGUGACUUUCUACUUUCAGAACACCUUCCUGGAUACACAGCUUGAAAGUACUUACAGAAAAGGGGAGGGAUUUUUCAAAUCUGACAACAUUUCUACCAUAUCCAUUCUAAAAGAUGUGCUCUCUAAAGAAGCCACCAAAAGGAAAAUUAAUCUCAAUAUAUCAUAUGAUAUAAAUGAAGUAUCUGUGAACCACACAUUAAAACUAAUCCACCCGAAACUAGAAUAUCAGCUGCUGUUGGCCAAGAAAGUUCAGUUAAUAGAUGCUUUAAAAGAGUUGCAGAUUCAUGAGGGAAAUAUGGACUUCCUGAUACCAGAGUACCGCUGCAUUUUAGAGGAAGCAGACUACCUUCUUGAAGAGUACAAGAAACAACCUGCACAUCUUGAGAGACUUUAUGGCAUGAUUACAGAUCUCUUCAUUGAUAAAUUUAAAUUUAAAGGCACAAAUGUGAAAACCAAAGUUCCUCUUCUUCUGGAAAUUUUGGACAGUUAUGACCAAAAUGCACUGAUUGCAUUCUUUGAUGCUGCUGCCUAA